AUGAGCACUUCAACACUGGCAACACUUUUGCUCGUCCUCAAGGACAGGAUCCUGAAGGGAUCCAAGACAAAGUCUCAGAAGGCCGGUCUCUUUGCCCUUCUCUCAUUUUUGUUCCUCGUCGUCAAGUACCCCAACCGAGCUAUCGGCACCCGUGCCCGCCCAGAUCUUGAUGGCAUUUCUUGGAGCGGGAUGCCCAUCAUCGGCAACACUUAUACCAUUAUCAAGAACCGCAACAACUUCUUGCAAAGUAUUAUCGAGAACUUUGAAAAGCUCGAUAGCGACGUCAUGUCGACGACGGUGCUUGGAUUGGGCAGAGUCAUUGCAAUCAACGAUCCCGUCAACCUCGAGCACAUCAUGAAGACCAAUUUUGAGAACUACGAGAAGGGCUAUAUCCUCAACUCGACCAUGUCACAAGUCCUCGGAAACGGCAUUUUCAAUUCCGAUGGCAGCUUGUGGAAGAUGCACAGGAAGACGGCAUCCCACGUUUUCUCAACAAAGAUCUAUCGCGCUCUGAUCGACGGCGCCUUCACAGACCACUCUCUCCAACUCUGCGCUGUCCUGGACCGCGCUGCCCAAGCAGGAAAACCCGUGGAUCUUCAAGCGUUGUUCUUGCGCCUGACUCUGGACGCCUUUGCAAAGCUUUCGUUCGGACUCGAUAUUGAUUCAUUGGGCAAGGAGGGCCAAGAUACCUUUGGCUCGUCAUUCGACUAUGCUGUCGUCGCGACCGACGAGCGUUUCAUGAACCCCCUUUGGAGAAUCACCGAGCACCUUACGGGAAAGGCCUCCGACAUGAAGAAGGCUAUCCAAGUUGUUGAUUCCUAUGCCUACAAUGCUAUCAAGGGACGACGCAGUGAGACAGCGGCUCAAGCUCAGAUCCGACAGGGACCAUCUCGACGUGAGGAUCUGUUGGAUUUGUUCAUGAAAUGGAGGGAUGAGGAUGGCCGUGCUCUUGCUGAUGUUGAGUUGAGAGAUGUCUUUAUCAACUUUAUCAUUGCCGGACGAGACACAACUGCUCAGGCACUCAGCUGGAUGUACUACGAGGUGAUGAUGAACCCCACGGUAGAGAAGAAUAUCUGGCAGGAGGUCGACAAACUGGACGAGAAACCCACUUACGAGAUGUUGACCAAGGAAAUGCGCUACUCCAACGCCGUCUUCCUCGAAGCCCUUCGUUUGUACCCACCAGUCCCACGUAACCUCAAGACCGCAGUUACUGACGACGUCCUCCCCUGCGGUGUCAAGGUCCAAGGCGGAGAUCGCAUCAUGUUCUCGACCUACUCCAUCGGUCGUAAUAAGAAGGUCUGGGGCCCCCAAGCACGCGAGUUCUUGCCCGAGCGUUGGUUCGAGGAGAACAAUCCCAAGAUCGAGAAGGGUACCUUGAAGAACAGCACACCUUUUGAAGCAGAGGGUCAUACAUGGCCUAAGGUCCGCAAGGAGUCCACCUUCAAGUUCUCUAGCUUCAAUGCUGGUCCUCGUAUCUGCGUAGGCCAGACGUUUGCUACUCUCGAGGCUAUGACAGUUAUUAUGAUGAUCUCGUCCAAGUUCAAGUUUGAGCUAGUUCCUGGUCAAGAUAAGCCUGAGCCUGUUCCUUCAUUGACUUUGCCAAUGAAAAAUCCUUUGUUGGUCAAUGUCCAUCGCAGGAAUUAA